GUUCACGUUUUGCCAGCUGACUGCAAAGACGCACUUCUGUACGCGGAACAGACGCUCGGCCUCUCAGCCCACCUGCUCCGACCUCGUGAACGGCCAUCAUGUACAGCGUGGUGGUGGAACACAUCUACCUCCUGGUCACCGUCACCCUCGUCAGCGUGCUUCAGAAUGCGUUCUUUGCCCUGAAGGUCGAGAAGGAGGGCAAAUGUCAAAAUAUCCCCACAUCUGUUUUUGAACGAGUGUGCUGUGCCAACCGUAACUGCAUGGAUGCAUAUCCCACCUUCCUGGCAGUGAUGUGGUGUGCCGGGCUGUGUCUCAAUCAAGCUCCUGCUGCGUUUGCUGGGAUCAUCUAUCUUGUUGUCAGGCAGAAGUACUUUAUUGGAUACAUGGGACAAACCUCUCAGAGCACCCCAGGCUACCUGUUUGGAAAGCGCAUCCUGUUCUUCCUGUUCUCGAUGUGCAUUGUGGGUAUCUUCAACUACCUGCUGGUGCACUACUACGGCACCGACUAUAAGGAAUAUGUGGAAACCAUCACCGGCGCUGCAUCUGCUCUUCUCCUCAUUCCUUAGUGCGGUGUGAAUACGUGGAAACCAUCACCGGCGCUCCACGUGCUCUUCUCCUCAUCCCUUAGUGCGUCUUGUGCCACAUCAUGGCGACAACUCAUUUAUCUUUCAUCUGAUGACUACUGAAUUAAAAACACUGGGUUUUCUUUUGUAAAAGAUCAUUUUGAAUUUCUUUGUUAGUCUCGUCCACCCUCUGAACCAAACAAUUAUAAGAAUAUAUCCCAAAAUUACACUUGUUAUAAGAAGUAUAUAUAUAAUUAUCAUUUUACUGCGACAACACAUUUAUCUUUCAUCUGAUUACUACUGAAUUAAAAACACUGGGUUUUCUUUUGUUUAAGAUCCUUUAUUGUGUUUGAUAAAAAUAAAAACGUCUUAUAAUACAAAUGCUGAUUCUUUGGUAGAAAAAGUCUAUAAACCUUUUAAUCUCGUUAGCAUAGAUUUGACCCGUUAGACCGCUCAUAGAUCAGUAAAGUGCAGUAUAUUUACACACAAAAAACACCUACAUUUAAAAAAAAUAUUUCAAAAAUAAUCUUCACAACAUUCAGAAUUUAUUCGUUAGUCUGGUCCACCCUCUGAACCAAACAGCAAUUAUAAGGAUAAUGCAAUCCCAAGAUUACACAGAUUGACAUUUGUUAUAAGAAAUAUAUAUAUAUCUAUAUAUGUAUGUGUGUGUAAUAUACAAUUAUCGUUUGAGUGCGUCCUGUGCCACGUCAUGGCGACAACACAUUUAUCUUUCAUCCGGUGCAGUAUAAUUUAUACACAAAAACACCUACAAUUUGUUUAUGUACACAGAAAAUAUUCUAAAAUAAUCUUCAUGGCAUUUAGAAUUUAUUUGUGCGUGUCGUCCACCCUCUGGACCAAUCAUCAAUGAUAAGGAUAGUGCAAUCCCAAGAGUAAGCUGGUCCUUCACCUGGCAGUUUACAACCAUGCGUCUGCUGAUCAAGAAACUUUCUGGAGACCCAGACUCCAUUAAAAACUGAGUGGAUCAAAUUCAUUUAGUCUUGCGCUCCAUCCACCGCUGUCUCACGUCACUUUCAA